GCCUGAAACUUCAAACCUCAUCACUUCACUAUAUAUACUCCUUUAAACCCUACCCAGUUUUAUUUAUUUUCUUACACUAACCCUAUAACUAUUCUUCUAUUCUGAUCUUUGAACAAUGAAUUCAAACAACUGGCUAUCAUUCCCACUCUCUCCAACUCAUUCAUCACUACCACCUCUGGGAACAUUGGUGAAUGACAACAUCGAUAACUCCUUUCAAAAUCAUGAUUGGAAUCUGAUAAACAAUGAGAGCAGCAGCAGUAGUCAAGUUCCGAAGGUAGCAGAUUUUCUUGGUGUGAGUAACAAGUCUGAGAAUGAGUCAGAUCUUGCAGGCUUGGAUGAUGACUCGGAUUACUUGUUCAACGCAAACACUACCCUUUUGCCUCUGCAAGUUCUUUCUAAUAAUAGCAGCUAUGACUACCAACAACAACAAGAAGAGAGUAACAACAAUAACAGUAGUAAUCUUCAUCAGUCACUCACACUCUCCAUGGCUACUGCCAACAAGGACUCCACUACUUCCGACAACACUUGUGCCACUGCCAUCGUUGAAGCUUCAGCCGCUGCCCCGAGAAGAGCUUUGGAUACCUUUGGUCAGAGAACUUCUAUUUAUCGUGGUGUAACAAGACAUAGGUGGACUGGAAGGUAUGAAGCUCAUCUAUGGGAUAAUAGUUGUAGAAGGGAGGGUCAAUCAAGAAAAGGUCGCCAAGUGUAUUUGGGUGGAUACGACAAAGAAGAGAAAGCAGCAAGGGCUUAUGAUUUAGCCGCACUUAAGUACUGGGGAACUUCCACCACUACCAACUUUCCCAUGAGUAACUACGAGAAAGAGUUGGAAGACAUGAAGCACAUGACAAGACAGGAAUUCGUAGCAGCCAUUAGAAGGAAGAGCAGUGGAUUCUCAAGGGGAGCAUCAAUGUAUCGUGGAGUCACAAGGCAUCACCAACAUGGAAGAUGGCAAGCAAGGAUAGGAAGAGUGGCCGGAAACAAAGAUCUGUACUUGGGAACUUUCAGUACCGAAGAAGAAGCUGCAGAAGCUUAUGACAUUGCAGCCAUAAAGUUCAGAGGUCUAAACGCAGUUACAAACUUCGACAUGAGUCGCUACGAUGUGAAAGCCAUUCUUGAAAGCAACACACUUCCCAUUGGAGGAGGUGCUGCAAAACGCUUAAAGGAAGCUCAGGCUCUAGAAUCUUCUAGAAAGACUAAUAGAGAUGACAUCAUAGCAUUGGGAUCCACCUUUCCAUACGGAUCUUCUUCAUCAACCACAACCGCCACCAGAUUUUUGCAGCAAGCAACUGCUUAUCCUUUAAUGCCACAGCACCACUUCGAUCAUCAUCAUCAUCAACCAUUGUUAACGUUACAGAACCAUGACAUAUCACAACAUUACAACACUGAUCCUGCUUCUUCUUCGUUUCAUCAUACUAAUUCUUAUCUCCAAACGCAGCUUCAACUCCAUCAUCAACAGCAUCAAACUACUUCUUCUUCUUCAUCUUCAUACAAUAAUAAUAAUGCUCAAUUUUACAGCAGCUACCUUCAGGGAUUCAUGGACCAUAACAAUGGGAAUGGAGGAGGAGGUUACCAUCAUCAUCAUCAUAACACUAAUAAUAUGCUUGGGAUUGGAAUGGGUUCUAAUAAUAACUCCUCAUCGAGCAAUGCCACAGCAGUGGGAUCAGCGGAGGAGCUUGCUCUUGUGAAGGUUGAUUAUGACAUGCCUUCCGCGGGAUACGGCGGCUGGUCGCCGGCAGCAGACACCAUGCACGGUUCAAACGGCGGUGGUGUCUUCACAAUGUGGAAUGAAUGAAUGAAUGAGUGGAAGCCUUUGAGGGAAAAAGAGAGGGACUCAACACAACACAACGCAACACAAAACACCACACCCUAGCCUAUUAUUAGCUACCUAACCUUUUAAUUAAUUUUCUAAUUUUUCUUGUAAUCUUUCUCAUUGUCUUUUUCUUCUUUUUAAUUAUGGUAUUAUGGUGACAAGUGGAUUAAGGUAAAGGCCAAAUAGGAGGAGUUUUGUCUGCUACUGAUUGAUGAUCGAUGAUCAUGCAUGCAUGCUGAUAUGAUAUAUCAUAUCUCAGCUCAUAUAAUAUCCUAUUAUCCUAUUCUAUGCUUAUAUAUAUUCACCGAUAUUUAACUUUAUUAUG